CUUCGCGGACUGGCGAGGGAAGAGUGGGCUCUGCAGGUGGGAGCUAGACGAGCACCCAGGGGACCCCUCGGGCGCCCGGGAGGCGGCCCUGGGCGUCCCCUUUCUGCCGCCGCGGCGGCCCCGGCUGCUUUCUGCGUAGCUGAGCAGGGUCCGGGCCCCCACACCGCCUUUCCCGGGAAUGCGGGCGCUCUGGAGCCGAGGAGCGGGGGUGUCCGCAGGGAGGGCAGCUCUCCGGGGCGGAGGUCCUCGGGCGCCGCGCCCUCGCCUGGAAACCAGCCGUCGCCCCCGCAGGAGCCAGCCGGCAGUGGACGCCCCAGCACGCUCCUUCUCGGUGCUGCCCGUCGCCCUGUAAUUCCAAGAAAGUCAGAGACGCCGUGGCCCACAGAGGCGCUUAGUUUUCCUCGCUCACACUCACGUUUCCUCCUCAUCGCGUUCUUCUUUUUCUCCCUGGGUGCUUUCUCCCCUCUGCAGGAAAGCGGAUUUGGGGGAACAGGUUUCGUGACUGUCAUCCGACUGGAAAAGGCCCCGCGAGCUGGAAGGGGGGCGGGGGGGGGACAGGUGCACCCUCAGAGUUAUUGCUGGAGGCUGUGGCCAGGCCGGGCAAGGUGGUGACUCCCGCUGGCAGGCUGAGGCCCACCCCAGCCCUCUCACCUCGGCCACGGGGCUCCCACCAGGAGCCCCAGUUAUGACCGGACACCAGCGCACCGCCAAGGAGACAGCCACGUGGGGACAUGCCGGGCUAGCGGGGUCAGAGCCACUUUGGAGACUAGUGACCUCGGUUCCCUGGCUUAGCCAGGUCCUUAUGGGUGAGAAUCCUGAGGAGAGGGAGAGGGAUGGAGGCGAGGGAGAGGAGGCAGGAGGAGCUGAUGAAUAGGAAGGAGGAAGAAGAUGAAAUAAACAAGAAAGAAAGAAAUUAAAUUCAGAGCGCUGCUCACCUUUUCCAUGUCUUCUGCACCUUCAUAGCCUUCAAAGGUGUCCAUGGAGCUAAACUCCCUGCUGGAGCAGCCUUGGGGAAAGAAAGGAAAGGAUGGGGCUUCUCUGGGGUGGGAGGACAGCCCCUCUGCCCAUGGCAGGGUGUAGCAGGCAGUGCCUGUUGCAGGCAGGGUCCUCCCCAUCUCUAACUCCUGCUCUCCCAGGGCCCGCACUCCGCUGGGCUGUGAAGGGGGUCUGUGAUUUUUCAGGCUCUUUCCAGCGCUGAAAUGCCUUAAUUCACUGAGAAGAAGCGUCCACAUGCUGUUCAUGGCCCUACCUCUCUGUUCCUCCAAGAAAACAGUCGUCUUUUUUGCUUGCCUGUCUUCUAACCGUGCCUCCUUCCCUUCUGCCUCCCCUGUCUCUUUCCCACCCUCCUCCCCUUCUUGCCUCCUUUUCUUUCCCGUAAUUAAUGUCCAUUUCCCAUCUCCCUGGCAGCCUCUGCCAAGUGUCACUGCUCCCCAUAAGGGAAAAUCAGAGGAACAAGCAAGUGCAUCCAUCCUGCCUCUCUCCGCAGUGAACUGAUAAACCCAUCAGUCUUGUCCGUUGUGCACCUGUUACAUCGCCGGGAGGUGUUGGACACUGUGGGGAACAGCAGCCACCGCCAAAUACUCAGCAACUGCCCUGUGCCUGGUGGGAUGGUAGGCGUUUGUCAAAGUUUAAGCCUCACAACCUUGUAAGGGUCUCAGCCCCCUUAACAGUUGGGGAAACAGACAGCAAUGGUCACUUGGCCAAGUCCUCUUGGCCUGUGGCAGGGCAGCUGGCUUCUCCAGCAUCUCCAGUGAGAUGCAGUUUCUGCGCCACACGGCUCACAAGCCAGGGUAGGGAGCCGAGCACCUGCAGAAAGCUCCCAGCACAGGGCAGCCCCAGACUGAGGCUCAGCUGAGUAAUCCACGCGGCGGGAAUCGUGCAGGAGACUGUCUGCUCAGGCAAGAAUUCAGGGAGGUUUGGGCAGGCCUUGAGGGGCGGACAGGACUGGAGAGGGAGGGCGUUCUGGGCAGAGGCAUGGCCGGAGGGCGGUAGGUGGCAGUGGAGGGAGCUGCAGUUAUCUGGGUGAGCAGGCAGCGAACAAGUGACGUCUCCCGGCCUGCUGCCCCAGGCCCCCCACAAGCCGCGUUCUGGGGCCGGGGCCUCCCCAGAGCAGAUCAGUGGGGGCUGUGUGACCAACACGGGGGGCAGCUGGGCAGCGCCUCCCUGGAGGCCCCUCUGAAAUCCCGCCGGAUGCUGGCAGGCUCCGAGGGGGCUGGACACCAUCUUCUCAGGUUGAAGCAAGUCCUGGUUGAGUUCCUAGUGGAGGUGGGAGGGGUGAGGGGGUGAAGGGCAGAGGAGAAACUGCGUCAGGGAUGUGUCCCCCACCUUCAUCCUCCAGACGGGACUUGGGAGCGUCUGCAGGAAACCCCGAGAGAUUCCUCUUUAGGGAAGUCAUCCAGACCUGGGGUCCCCUUAUGCCAGGAGCAGUGAGGACAGAAGAAUGACCGUCUAUCUUGCUGAAAGCUCUGUGAGGGAGGAACGGAAGAACGGAGGGAGCUACGACCUUGACCAUCCCCUGAGUGUCCAUGGCCUCUGUGCUCCGGAUGAUGACGGGCUGCCAGGGACCACAGAGCCACCCACUGGGAGGCUGGGGGUUGGCUUGGUUCAGGGGCGUUCGUCAGCCAUAGCCACCCACAGCAUGUGGUGGGCAGGGCUGGGAGGUGACACAGGAACUGAAAAACCUGAGAAGCUCCAGCCACUCCGCAGGGUAAGUGGCACCUGGGAUAAAAUGAUUAGCUGGUUCCAGCCCCUCCGCAGGGUAAGUGGCACCUGGGGUAAAAUGACUGCCUGGAGCUGGCAGCUGCUUUCUCUGCUCUCCGCAGGGCCCUGCAGGGAAGCGCGGGAAGGCGGCACAGGGCUGGACCCAGAGGAGCUCUCAGAUGCUGGACUGGACUGUUUCAGGAGUCAUCUAGCCCAUUCCCCGCCUCCAGGCGAGGAUUUGCCUGAGCCUGGAAAGACGAAGGAUCCUCCCAGUGCCGUCAAGCCCCGGAUUCCACCUCCCUGUGGGUGGACUGUCAGCACAGGCCCUGACAACGCAGAGAAAGACACAGGACCCAGCAGGGCCAGUGACAGCAGGAGCUCCUGGUGCCACAGGAAUGGAAACUGUGACUCAUAAUGGUCAGCCAGCCAGUCAAUGAUGAUCCCCACCAGGCCCUGGCGCAUCAAGAAUUGCUGACACUGGCUCCUGCUCCCUCACCAUCCACUGUGGAUCCCUGCUGAAUUCUUAGAGCCCUCGCUGUUUGCAUCACUCACCAUGACAUAUCAUCAGACCCUGCUAGUGCACCAGGCACAGGAGACUCCGCUCUGCUGUCAACAAGUUGUAUGAAA